AUGUUUGUUGUUUCGUCUUCCCGCUAUUCUCUCGCGUUCCGGGAACGCAUUUUUUGCCGCCACGGUGGCAAUAACUCUACUUCGGACCCUCAAGAUUUCGCGCGCCAAAAUCUGGUAGCGUACAUCCCACCAGCGAGCAAUGGUGGCAGUCAGCUUGAUUCCUCAGCUGGAAAAGGCGAGCCAUUGAACAUAAUUAUCUCAGGACUGUCGGCCCCCGAAGUCCUUUCAAAUUCGGGUCUGAUCCAAUGGGCAAAUUCCAUCGGAUUUGCGAAAGAAUGCUUAGGCUUUCAUAUCGGUAAUCCGCAAACAGCGAAUUUAGGCGACGGUCGAGGAUGGGUGAAUGAGACGGCAGUCAUUCGUGCGGAUUACAUGAACCCUUUGCUUGGCACUUGCCUGGAGAGUUUGACUGGAGGGAAUCACUUCAGGUUCUGGCAACAAGUGACAACCAACGCGUUUUUCCUAGCAGCAUCUGUUGAAAAGAAUUCAAGUGACCAUCAUGAUAUUGUUCCGAACGGAUAUGAUUUGGGGAGAGAUCAAAUCGUUUCCGCAGCCACCUCCGGCCCGACUACUUUUGGCCUUUUGAGGUACACCACGACGGUGGGAUGGGUGAAUGGGUUGUUACAACCAGGUUCCCAAGGAAUCAAUCAUGACAUCUCUAUUGAUGGCAAGGUUGCAGUGCUGACUAUCGUAACACAGAAAAUACCCCAUCCCAUCCCGUUGAUGGCGCAUUAG